AUGGCUACCCCAGAGACAUUGGUCAAGAAGCAACGCAAACGCAGCGACUAUGGCUUCCACCAAGUCCACCAGACCAGAUGGUUCGACAAUGACAUGUAUGCACACUUGAAUAACGCAGUCUACACACACCUUUUCGACACAAUUGCAAACACAUACCUCAUCAAAGUAUGCGGGAUGGACCCCUUUAGCGUGAACAAUCCAACGCCCUCUCCGUCAGACCCUCAGCCUGCAAAUGUCACCUCGGCCUCAAAUCUAGCAGCAGGAGCAGACCAGAUUGGCUUAAUUGUAUCUACCCAUGCCGAUUUCUUUGCCUCGGUGCGCUUCCCCGAUCUACUGGAGGUUGGGUUACGAGUCAACAAGCUGAGCAAGUCGAGUGUAACCUGGGAGGUGGGCAUCUUCAGAGAGGGUGAGGAGGAUGUUAAAAUGGUAGGCACCUAUACACAUGUCUUUGUGCUGAGGAAGACCAUGCGUGUGGGGAAGACGGGGAUGGAGGACAGAGUCAGGAAUGGAUUGCAGAAGUUACUUGUCAAGGAGCAAGCGAAGCUGUGA